AUGGAACAGGUUCUUGCCGCUCUUCUGGUAGGAUCGACUUUCCCACCGUUCACGAAAACGGCACUGAUACACUCACAGGCAAUAGUCCUUGUCUACGCUUUCUGCAUCCUUGCGUAUAACCGACGAAUGACCAGAAAACAUGCCGCCGCGGAAGCGUAUCAGAGAAUAGAGCGAGGCACCGAGCUCCAUCCGGUGUCGACUGGAGGCAGCGACAUACCUUUUGGCGCUCGGGCGCUGGAGAAGGGUGUCCAGGUAGAUGGUAUUUGGAUCUCUACCAGUAACACAUCAAGCCCGGCGCAGCUCGCAACCCCAAAUGCAAGCAGGCCGACGACUCCGGUCGUAAAGCAAACACAUCAAUCCUCAGAUGCUGACAUGGCAAGCGAUGUACAACCCCGCUGGCACAAGGAACAGCCUGCUCUCAAGGCAGUUGGUGAUGACUUUCGACAAUUUGUGGCGCCGUCCGGAAAAGAGAUCGCGGAUAGCAGCAAGUCCAACAGCCGUGAUUCCGACAGACUUCCUGGAAAUCAGCUUACCCAUUCAAAUAUUAUUACGCCUCAGGAGUCCCAAAACUCAGCCGGAUCAGAUAGACGAUCAUCGCGAGGUUUCUUCGGGCCACAUAGCUCAUGGCUGACAAAGUCUCCUGAGAAGACCAAGCGGAAGUCGGUCGUUGACGGUAAGUGCAUUUACGAAAUUGAUAUGGCUGUCGUGCAUUUCAAAAUGCUAAUAUAUCAUCUCUAG